CGCGCGCGCUGCGCGCCACGUUUGAACCAUCGCGGCGGGAGAGAGGGAGCGGAGCGCGGAUUGGGACAGAGUAGCUUUCUACAGACUCUUGCAGAAUGACCGGUGACUGUAAUAAAAGAUCCAUUCUUCAAGGUGUUGUGGCAUUUGUGGAUGUGUGGUCUUCAAAUAAGACUGAAAACUACUCAAAAUCAUUUAUCGAACACUUGGUCGAUAUGGGUGCCACGGUUUUAAAAUACUUCAAUAAGCAAGUGACACAUGUGAUAUUCAAGGAUGGACAUGAAAGUGUGUGGAAGAAGGCCCAGAAAACUGGUGUGAAAUUGGUGUCUGUACUUUGGGUGGAAAGGUGUUUGGCAACGCAUACCCAUGUUGAUGAAUCCUUAUUUCCUGCUAUAAAUGAAAGUAAACAUUUACCUGAAAAUAAAAGGACGCAUCGAUGUAUGAAACCCAAGGACUUCAUAGAAAAGACACCAGAAAACAACAAGAGGCUGCAGAAGAAAUUAGAUCAAAUGAUUCAGGAGCUAGAUUUGAAAAGAUCUCUUGGAGCUGAUCUGCCUUCACUUUCAUUUGAAGAGGAAGUUACAGGUCUUAAUAAUGCUAAACCUAAAUCGGUUCCCCUCAAUCGUUUCUGUGGAAUGGAAGAAAGAUUGAAGGAAAUGAAAGAAAAAAGAGAAAACCUUUCACCUACUGCUUCUCAAAUGACUCAGUUGACAGUAUCGGCUUCUGCUGUCUCUCCUUGCCGUCCAACUCUUGGGGAAUCUCCCUCAGCAAUACCAAAAGCAUUGUUUGAAGAAGAGUAUGAAGUUGAUUCUGGAGGGGCAUCAAUUAAUAAUACUUGUGGAAAAUACGCUGGCAAAAGCAAGACUCCACUUUCAGCAGAUGCUUAUGAAGGACAAAUGAGUCAACAUCACAGGACAGAGCCUUUUGUACAGGGAAUGCAUUUGAUCAAAUCAUCACAAGAUGAAAACAAAACAUCAUUGCGAAGGGGAAAGAAAUCUAUUUCUAAAAUGAAAUUACAUUUUCCGAAGAGUGCCCUAGCUUCUCUGCAUCGCGACAAAGUGUCAGCAGGCUCAUGUAAUAAGAAAGUGAGUGAAAAUUAUUCUGAAGGAAGUGUUGAAGUUUUGAACAAUGCAGGAGCAGAUCUAAACCUUUGUGAUGCACUAAGCAACAAAAUUGUACAAUCACCUCCUCCAGUAAAGUCAACGGCCACUGUAGAAGAUCACUACCUUACAGAGACUGAUUUUGUAUCUAAUGAACAUUAUAAAAAUUAUGCUUCUCCUCUGCAAUCAAAUUUUUCAACUGUAAUGAAGAAAAAUCAAUGUAGCUCAAAGAAAAAUGGAAAAUUAUGUAAGGACCAUUUUAAAUCAACUAGAAAUGAUAUAUCUGAAGCAGGCAACUUCCCUAAUAAAGAGGAAGUUUGCCCUACUAAUAAGGACAGAUUGAUGUAUGAGGACUUCUUCUCGACAGUUAACCUGAAUGGCCAAAACAAUCCAAGACUUUCAUUAGGUGUGCUUCCGCCCAAAUCACCAAGUCCUCCUGGCAUUAUUUUUGGAAACGUUAAGCAAAAGAGAAAAUUGCAAGAAAUCGAUCCACAAAUUUCUGCGGCUAGAAAUAAAAGGGCAAGGAGUGCAGGAAGUGUCAGUGUUGAAGCACAGCCCAGUGUUUGUACUGAUAAAGAUAAUGAACCUUUGAAUGCAGCUGCACUGGCUGGCAAAAAUAGCCCCGACAGAAGCAAUGCUACACUUCAGUCAGAUGCUGCUAAAUCUCGUCAGAGAAGGAAAUCUCAUUUAAAAGAACUAUUUAAAUAUUUUCUUGAUGAAUCGAGAGAACUUAUGAAUGAAGUGUCUAAGAAAAAAGAACUGUGUCAGCGUCAUGAAGAGAAAAGGUUAGACUUGCUUCCAAAUCACUCUACUAUGACUUGUCUUUCUAAACGCAAUAAAGGGAUAAAACCAUCGAAUUUGCACCAUGAGCCACAAACCUACUCCAUAAUUUCCAUGCAACUCUCCGAUCAAAUGAAUAAGAAAGGGUAUGAGGAAGAAAAAGUACAGUGCCAUCAGGAGGACACAUUGUCUAAAGACUUCUUAAAAUUGCAAAGCGUUGACAAUGAAUCGGACGACGACCAUCAGAGUGGACCCAGCCAAAGCAGUCCCUUAGGAUUGAAGAUGACUUGUUUCCUUAAAGAAAAACACAAUUUAAUUGAAGUAACAAACAGAACCAUUGAAUGCAAAAGGAAGAAUAUGAAGCCAAGGAGAACUCUUGUCAUGACAAGCAUGCCUUCCGAGAAUCAGACCAUUGUAAUUCAAAUAGUGAAGCAGCUAGGUGGCUUUCUGUUCUCAGACAGUGUAUGUGAAACAACAACUCACGUCAUAGCAGGACGCCACCGACGCACAUUGAAUGUUUUGUUUGGAAUUGCCCGAGGCUGCUGGAUCUUGUCCUUUGACUGGAUUCUUUGGUCAUUGGAGAAGGGAUGUUGGGCUCCUGAAGAACCAUUUGAAUUAUCGGCCCAGUUUCCUGCAGCUACUAUCUGCAGAUUAGAAAAACAGUCAACAAGAGGACCCUAUCAGCAGGAUUUAUUUGUGAAUCAGCCUUUGAUGUUCAUUUCACCUCAAAGCAAACCACCUGCGUUAAUGCUGGAGAAACUCGUGCAGUUAUGUGGGGGAAAGGUGUGCAAAACGCUCCGCAAAGCUGGAAUUUGUAUUGGACAGUACACGGGAAGGAGACCUCCAGGGAACAAACACUUGUCAGAACAUUGGAUACUGGACAGUAUUACCAAACAUGAGGUCUGCUCCAUGGACGGCUACACUCUAGACUAAAUGAAAACUACAUCAGAAGAUGACCCUGCUUCUAUCUGUUGGCAUAUUCACUAUUUUAUAAGAGUUGGUUUGUAAGGAAAGGACAUUGUGUCUCAGAAAAAUGAUGAAGUAUUUUUUAAGUCAGCAUUUUAGGUAUCACAAUGUUCUCUGCAACCCACGCUCAAACUAGGUCGAUCAUCUCUUUCGGUUGUUUUAUCUGGUGUGAUUUUAAAGUGUUUCAACAAGCUUUAUUAACUUGUACGUGUGUUUUAAUAAAAGUGGUUAAAAUAUU